ACAAGACAAAGGUACACUGCAAAUAAGAAGAAGAAUUUUACAUUCAGAUUAUACUUCUUUGGUAUUUCAAUUCAAAUUUCGUAUUUUUUAUUAACAUUAAUAGUCUUUAAAAAUAAAUGAGAUAUUGAAUUGAUACUCACUCUAAUCUGGUAGAACCAGUCGAAAAGUAUCUAGAAUGCUAUUAUGAUUAUAUUUUGUAAAAAUUUUAAAAGACUUUCAAUAUUUAUAUCUAAAAAAAUGAAUUCUAACAGUUUAUGUACAGUUGCUGUUUGCCAAUUUACAGCUUCAAGAAGUAAGGACGCGAAUCUUAUAAUUGUUAAAAGACUCAUUGAUGAAGCAAGAAAAAAUAAUGCUAACAUGAUUUUUCUACCAGAAGCAACUGACUUUAUUACCUCUGAUAAAAGCGAAGCACAUCGACUAGCAGAGAGUUUGGAGGGCCAACUGGUAAGCGAAUAUAAAACGGUUGCUAAGAAAUAUAACGUUUGGCUUUCGGUUGGUGGUUUCCACGAAAAAAUUGGGGAAAAUAAGAUGUAUAACACUCAUAUUUUGAUAGAUAAUACAGGAAAUAUCAAAUCAGUUUAUAGGAAAAUACAUUUAUUUGAUGUUAGCAUACCAGAAAAAAAUAUUAACUUGAAAGAAUCCAAAUCAUGUACACCUGGAUUUGAAAUUGUUCCGCCAGUUGAAACACCAGCUGGGAUGUUAGCAUUGUCAGUAUGUUAUGAUGUACGAUUUCCAGAAAUUAGUUUAAUCCAAAGAAAAAUGGGGGCACAUAUUUUGACUUAUCCUUCAGCAUUUACAACUUCAACAGGUGCGGCCCACUGGGAGAUACUGUUAAGGGCAAGAGCAAUUGAAAAUCAAUGUUACGUAAUUGCUGCCGCUCAAUAUGGUCAACAUAAUGAGAAAAGAACAUCUUAUGGCCAAUCAAUGAUUAUAGACCCUUGGGGAGAGAUUAUAUCGCAAUGUCCAAAAUACAAUGAAAUGUUUCCUACAGAUGAGAGUGUUGCUGUAGCUGAAAUAGAUUUGGAAACUAUCAAUAGAAUACAACAAGAAAUGCCUGUACAAAGUCAUCGUAGACACGAUAUCUACAAUUUGAGUUUAUUGGCUAAUACAGUUGAAACGUGGAACGACGGCAAACCGUAUCAUUUUGCAGAUAAAUUAAUACCUAGUUCUACUGUUUUUUACCAGUCUCAGUACUGUUUUGCCUUCACAAAUAUUCGAUGCGUAGUUCCAGGUCAUGUUCUAGUAUCCACUUUGAGACGCGUUCCGCGACUCGUAGAUUUAAAUCAAGAGGAAAUUGCCGAUUUAUUUCAAACAGUAAUCAAAAUUCAAAAGGCGAUGGAGCUUGAACAUAAUGCCGAAUCAUCGACAAUUUGUGUUCAAGAUGGCAAAUACGCAGGGCAAACAAUACCUCAAGUGCAUGUACACAUUUUACCCAGAAAACAAAAUGAUUUCAAUCGAAACGAUGAUAUUUAUUUAGAAUUAGCAAAACAUGAUUCCGAUGGUGCUCAGUUAUUCAGGUCAUCAGAAGAAAUGUCCAAAGAAGCGGAGAAGUUAAGAACGUAUUUUAGUAUUUAGUUGGAAAUCGAUUGAUUUAAAAUAAAAAUGAUCUUGAAUGAUAAUUCAU